AUGGGCCAGUGUUGUUCGACAAGAAAUGCGGUCCGAACUCGUCAAUCUAGUAAACAGCCGAUCUUGGAAAAGGAGAAAUCCGUGAAAGAGAAGAGCAGACGCGAGAAAAAGCCGCGAAAAAAGGAAAUUGCUAAGCAGCAGAACGAAAAGAGCAAGAAGACUGAAAAGAAGAGUGUCCAUCUGAAUAUGCCGAGCUCCAGAGUUUGCCAGCUCGCCAAGUUGCGGACACUUUCGAUUCAAAACUCGACGGAUAUCAUUACAACACAGCUGGUUUGUCAUUUCUUGAAAUGGUAUUGA